GAGCUUCCGCUUUGUUUUGUAAAUGUUGUGUUCGCCGGCCCGGCCAUGGCGUAAUCUGCAAGUCGCUAUCACUGCACCGGUCGCGACGUCGUCGAGAGCAUGAUUGUCCCGGGUGGAUUCGGUGUCUUCGGUGCCGCCUUAUUCGGCCGCCGUCGCUUUCACUGCGAGGACCGUCAGUAGUGCGUCGAAAUGCUGACCGCCCUGGUGCUGUUUGUGUCGGUCUACCUGGCCGUCAGGGCCCUGAUGGUGAAGCUGCUGCAGAACCUACAAGAUGCUUCCACAAUGUGGAAUUUCAAAUCACCUCCGUGUGUUAAAGAAUCCUCCACAUCCUUUGCCGGCCGGGGGCAUGACCAGCGCAGGUACCGCAAUGGAGAUCGGGUCCAUUGGCGGAGCCCGGCUCUCAAGGUCGACAAGCAUGGUGUGGACUCCAUUCGUGUUCCCAAUGUUCCCCGCGGCAGGCGGAAUAAGGUCCCUGAGGUCCUGCCGCAUUUCAAAAAGUGGCAGCCUAUGGAGGAAGUGCGGCAGCCCGAAGAGCUGCACUACCUUCCCCUUGAAAGCUGUGAAAAGUGUCUGCCUUUGAGCAAGGUACAGUUAGGUGCUGGUGCAAGUGCAACUUUGCAAGGACUUGACAAUGCCCUCAUUGUGCCGUCUGUUUGCAGGAGUUGGCUGACACCAGUAGAAUUUCUGAAGAACUCUAUUUAUCUUACUUGCAAGAGCAUACCACAUAACUAUGUACCUAUCCCUAAAGAAAUCUUGACUUCUGAAAGGGUUGAAGAUGCAAUCGGCCGAGCUGUUGAAGAUGACCCCGAAACUGACCGAGCAGAGCAUAGGAAACGGGCCGCUAGCAUCUUCGAACGUAUGCGAGCAUCCAUUUCUACAUCAUUGCUGAGGGUGGCAGUGUGGUUCAUGCAUCGUAUCAUGUCCCGCAUGUUGACUGGAGUGUAUGUGCCAAGAGGGCAGAUCGACAUGAUCAAACGCGCCUCAGAGCAAAAUGUUCCCAUGGUGUACUUGCCUCUGCAUCGAAGCCAUCUUGAUUACAUCCUUGUGACGUACCUGCUAUACCUGAAUAGCAUGAGGGUGCCACUUGUGGCGGCUGGAGAUAAUCUGCUCAUUCCUCUUUUUGGGCAACUGCUGCGAGGACUGGGAGGAUUUUUUAUUAAGCGGCGGCUUGACUUCAAAGAUGGACGCAAGGACCAUGUGUACAGAGCAGUUCUCCAAGAGUACAUGAAAGAGAUUCUGAAGGCAAAGCAUAGCUUGGAGUUCUUCCUCGAAGGAGGGCGAUCACGAACUGGAAAAACGCGCCUCCCCAAAGCAGGUCUCCUGUCUGUCAUCGUAGACUCCCUCAAUGAGGAGCCUGUAGAUGAUGUUUUCAUUGUGCCCAUUUCCAUCAGCUAUGAGAAGUUGUUGGAUGGAAACUUUGUCAGUGAGCAGCUGGGAGAGCCGAAGGUGAUGGAGACAUUCACAGCAGCACUCACUUCCAUCUGGAGGAUAUUGCAUUCCAACUAUGGGGCUGUUCGCGUUGAUUUCUGUCAGCCAUUCUCACUGAGGGAGUUUCUCAAUUCUGCCAGAACUUCAUCUUCGGCACCACUGUACUUCGACUGCCCACUUUCUUUGCUGGGACCUGCAAAGGGCGAUGCAAGUCCAGUCAAGUACAAGGAGUCAAGUGCAAGUGCAACUUCACUGUCCAGUGCAGACAGCAUGGCAGAAGACACUCGAGCGGCUAUUAAAAGCCUCGCUAACCAUGUUGUUCACCAGUCAACGGCAUCCCUUGCAUUGAUGAGCACGAACUUGGUUGCUUUCCUACUUCUCACAAAACAUCGAAAGGGUGGCACACUGCAGCAGUUGGCAGAAAGCCUCUGCUGGCUGCGGUCAGCAGCAUCGCAACGGGAUCACCAGGUGAUGUGCCCUGGUGAGAGUGCAGAGACAGUGCGCCAUGCAUGUGCCUUACUGGGCAAGGAACUGGUCAUCUCCGAGACAGUCCAGAUGGAGUGGUCAUCGGGAGACACUGAGAAUAACAAUGUCAAGAUUGUCUUCUACCGACCCGCCCUACACCUUCCCUCUGUGCUGGAGCUGCAGUACUAUGCCAAUGCCGUACUGCCAGUGUUCGUGCACGAAGCGAUUGUUGUCACUUCACUAUAUGCUCUUGCUGGCGACUACAUUACACUCAUGCAAGGUCGUGACAGCCCUUUAGUUGUUUCAAGGUGUGACCUGCUGAGUAAGUGCCAGGAUCUGAUCAACAUUCUCCAGCGCGAGUUUGUGUUGGUUCUGCCCUGCUCCAGUGUACAGGCAGUGAUCAGUGAUGCCAUAUUGAACCUUGUCAGGGAGAACAUUCUAAACAACUGCCAGUGCACCAACCAAAAGCAGAUUCCUGGUCCACCCAAGAAGUGGCCUGAUGCUGUACUGCAAGCCCUCGAUUGGGAAGACGAAAGUGGUGAACCGAGAGAGUACAACAUCAUUGAGGAACAGUACAGGAUUGUGUUGGAUGACAAGAACCUGAUGAUGCUCGAGUUUCUUCGCUCUGUGCUUGCAAGCUACAUAGAGUCCUACUGGGUGGUUGCCUGUUCCCUUUCGAAGCUGGUGGGCACACAGAUGGAAGAGAGGAUAUUCUUCCGACAAAUCCAGAAGGUCGCUCAAGACAAAUUGCAACAAGGGACACUGUAUUAUGAGGAAAGCUUCGCUGCUGACACGUUGCACAACGCCGUCCAGCUGUAUGAACAGUGGGGUAUUGUGGAGCAUCACACUCAAGACGGCAUGCGUGUCCUGUACUUGAAUGAGCGUUGGAAUGUGGAUGAAGCCAUCGAUUCUGUGAUUAGCUUUGUGGGGGCAUUCAGACAGUGACAGAAGGAUGUUCACUUGUGAGAUGUUCAGCUGGGAGCAGCAGCUGCCAAAGACGAAAGCAACUGUUCAUGUUUAGUAUUUGUGUUUUUGUAAUGGUGGCUGCUCAAGUCUUAGCUUUCAGUUUUUUGUUUUGUUUUCAAGGUUCUGGUCAUUUGUGUCAUGUUGGUAUGUGUAUGCAAGUGUGUGCAUCUAUACUGUCAUGGUGUUAAUGCUGACCUGCUUUUUCAGGUUUAUUUUUUUUUAACCCAAACAUUUUGAUGUCUUUCCAGUUUUCAAGAUUUAUAACUUGGGUUUUGUGUUCCUUGUUAUGGUUUUGAUGAAUCCCAUGAACUGUCAGUGUGUUCUUUUCAUUUUUGUCCUGCUUUAAGGUAAAACAAGGGAAGAAAAUAUGAGAUUAGGUUAAAAAAAAAAAGUCUUUCUACAGGCAGCUUGUUGGCAGGAGUUGAAUUGUUGGAGCUUCACGCUGUAACCUUUGCUUAUCAGAACCAUUAUUACGCCGUUCUACUCAUCCAAGUUCAAAACAUUGGUGUUUUAUUACUUCCAUAUAAUGUUCGUGUCCUUUCAUGUGGAAAUGUGUGUGUUGUUGGCACUAAAAAGCACAGCCCUUUUAGAUCAAAAGGCAAGGAUUGCACCAUAAAGGGGCAGACUGCAUUUUUUUUGUGCGUCCUGCACUUUGUACAUAGUAAUGAAAUUGUUCAUUUGUGAAUAAUGUCAUUUCAUGACUGUAUAAUUCAAUUUGUGCCAUCACUGUUAACAAAUAAAACCUUGUUAUGUAUUAUCUGAUAGAAAUUUAUAUACCAGAAAGUGCCUUCAAGGUGAGCAAUGCAGUGCUUUUGCUGUGCCUUUAAACAAUAAAGAAAUAAACUUGCUUUUAGUUGCCUC